AGUUUUUUUCCUCUCCCGGACCUGUGCUCCGCCACUCUUCUACCCAGAGCCAAACCGUGGCCUAGCAGGAUCGGCUCGACUAUGUGGAGACAGAAAGGCGCACUGGGGGAAUCCUUGGCUUGUCUCCUGCUGGCUGUGACGCUCAUCGAUGCGUAUAGAUUCCUGAGCCAGAACACAGCCUCCCAGUUCUUAAACCGACACAAGAGAGCCAACUCUCUGUUUGAGGAGAGCAAGAAGGGAAACCUGGAACGGGAGUGUAUCGAGGAGCUGUGCAACAAGGAGGAGGCCAGGGAGAUCUUCGAGAACCAGCCGGAGACGGAAUACUUCUAUCCUAGAUAUGUUGUGUGUCUGGGUUCACAUCGUGUGGGAAUCAACAACCAGAACUCGGAUUCUGCCAUCCCCUCAAACCUUCGCACAUGCGUGAAAGAGAUCAGUAAUCAGUGCACACCGUAUCCUUGCUACAAAGAGGGUUCAGAGCGCUGUAUCGAUGGCCAGGCUUCUUUCACAUGUGUGUGUAAACCCGGCUGGAGGGGUCCACGCUGUGAGGAUGACAUUGAUGAGUGCACAGAUCCUGAACAUCCAGCGGGAUGUAACCAAAAAUGUUACAACUUCCCUGGCAGUUUCCGCUGCAUGUGUGAAGACGGCUUCUUUAUCAAUGAUAAAGUCAACUGUGUGGAUAUCAACGAGUGCCUUCUGUACCCCAGAAUCUGUGAAGAACCAGCAAAAUGCGUCAACACACCGGGCAUGUAUGAGUGCCAAUGUCCUGUUGGAUUCAAGUACAACUUUACAUCCAAAACCUGCGAUGAUGUGGACGAGUGUGCGUUAAAUGUGUGCGAGGACACUUGUAUAAACACCAUUGGCAGCUAUGCGUGCUACUGUGAUGGUCGCCAGGGUUUCCUUUUGGCGGAGGACAAGAGGCACUGUGACAGCAUCCCAGUUUGUGUGGAGCUGCAUGACGAUAAACAUCCUGAGAUGCUUUACCUGGGGGAGCAGUUUGCAGGCCUUCCUGUCAUCUUUCUGCGUUUUCGUCUGCCAGAAAACACCAAGUUUGCUGCAGAGUUUGACUUCCGUACAUUUGACCCAGAAGGUGUUGUUCUAUAUGCUGAGUCCUCCCAGGAUUCAUGGUUCAUGCUGGGGCUGAGGGACGGGCGCAUUGAGGUCCAGUUCAAGAACCAGCACACUUUCAAGGUCACCAGUGGAGGGAAAGCCAUCAAUGAUGGACAGUGGCAUGUGAUCUCUGUGGAUGAACUGGAGAGCAGCAUCAGUGUGAAGAUCAGCAAGGAAGCUGUAAUGAGCAUCAACAGCCCUGAGAGUCUCUUCACUUCAGUUAAUGGCAAACUGGAGACCAAAGUUUACAUCGCUGGUCUGCCAAACCGGACUGACAGCAUCAUCAAACAUAUCAACCCUCGUCUUGAUGGCUGCAUCCGGGGUUGGAACUUGAUGAACCAGGGGGCAUCGGGGGUAAAGGAGGUCAUCCAGGAGAAGAAGAGUAAGCACUGCUACGUUUAUGUAGAACGAGGAUCUUUCUUCACUGGGGCAGGACUGGCUCACUUCAUCAUUGACUACAGUGAUUCUAGGAGCUGGAAUGUGGAUGUCAUGAUGAAUAUACGUCCAUCCGGUAGCACGGGUAUCCUCUUUGCUCUCGUCUACAACAAUACUGUCCCUCUUUCUGUUGCCGUGGUAACAAAAGGAGAAGAUGAUGCCGAUUUACAAGUGUUUAUGGACGGCGUCCCUGUGGCAACAUUGACCUCAAUGAUGCUGUGUUACCCCGACCGCCUGACGGUGCAGCUAAAUGUAACUCCCACGGAAAUUACCAUCACAGCUAACUCAUCCAAUGUUACCUACAUGGCGUCUACUGACCUGCAGGAGGCUCUGCAGCACCUUAACACAACCAUGCAGAACCCUGUCAGUACCUACAUUGGAGGAAUACCAGAUGAGGUCCCAUUACCUUCAACCCCUGUGACGGCAUUUUACCAUGGCUGCAUGGAAAUCACUGUCAACAACCAGCAACUGGACUUUGAUGAGGCAUUCAGCAAACAUAACAGUAUUAAGUCCCAUUCUUGUCCUCCUGUCACCGUUCCUGAGAUUCAUCCUGAUGUACCUCACCUGCACAGAAAGUGACCUUAAUUAACAAUGUGAUCACAUUAAAAGUCCCGCAGAUUAGACAGUGUCCCACAGAGGCCACUUCUUGAAAUACUUUGGAAUGAAAAGUAUAGAGCAGAUGAGAUAAGAGGGAGGGAAGGGGACAAGAAAGAAGUGACUGAAAGUAGAGAUACAAAUGUAGUAAUUUUUGUCAGUUUUCUCAGAUAGGUUUAUUGUGAGCUUUGCUUUAUCUGUUUUUGUCCAUGUAGUAUUUUUUUUUUUUUUUGUUUGUUUUUGUUUUGGGAGUCUUGUUUUUUAAUGAGGCACAAUGACGAUGGCUGGCUUGCUAGUGAGCUGGUCCAGAGUAAAAUGGCUGGAUGACGUAGUUGUAGCAGUCUGUUGCAAUGAAUCAUAUGAUUCCCAAGAAAAAGUAAAAAAGAGCUGAGCUCUGUAGCAUGCAUAAGAGAUGGUUCAAGAGUAUGUAUGUAUGUAGGAAAAAACAAAUGGUCAUUGUCGACCAGGCUCUGAGCACACCUGUGUCUUUUUGUCCUAGUUGUUGAAUCAUGCCAUCUUUUUUCAUUUGUCUUGUGGAGGAAAAGGUACAGAUUAAAAAGUUAUAAAUCUCAGUCGGUAUGUAGAUUGUGGCAGUGAAAGGAAAAAAGAGGAAGUGAAGAAAUAUGUGGCCCCAUGGUGUACACUGUCUUGUUUGAAUCAUCAUCUUUUUAUAUGAAUGCUGCCUUCCCAGAUCAUGAAUUGGCUAACAUUGUUAUAGAGAAAAGCCACUAAAUGCGUUUUACAGAUUAAUCAGCACCAAGAGGAAGUCUUGGUUCUGAACUUAUCUGAACUUUUACAACUGGUCUGAUUCACUUCCAGAGUUAAAGCUAAAUUAUUUUCAUUCUGACAUUCACUUCAACAGGUAUUGAUUCUGAGAAAGUCAGUGUAUUUCUGUCAGUUUUGACAAUUGGCCAACAUCUACUUUGUGUAAUGUUAAUUUAAUCUGGCCCACAUUUCAGGUAGAACCUCCACCUACAGUAUUAUUGUGGUGUGAUUCAUCUUGCAUCAUCUCCUGUUUUUGUUUUUGCCCUUAUCUUUAGCGUGCUCCUGGUUGUCCUUGUCCUGAUGAUUCAUAUUGUAUAUAAAACAAGACCUCUUUAAUAUAUAAAUUAAAUGCAGUUGAUCUUUGUUGUAUGUUUGUUUUAAUAAAAUGGUCAAAGCAACUG